AUGCCAUUUUCGCCUGUGGACACAUUGUCAGAUGAGGAUCUCCCCCGUGGUGGGCAAGUGGAGCCUGCCGUGGAUCCACGGCAGCAUGGUGGACAGCUUGUGGCUGCUGAAAUCAUGCCACAGCUGUCGAAGAAGCGUGAGGCUUCAAAACAGUUUGGCCCAGGGGACCUGAUUCGUCUACAACAUGGACUCCGCCGGGCAGUGCAGUCCAAUUGCGCUUGCAAGAUGUCGAGUUGUCGCAAAGCUUUUCGAGAUCCUGCACGGUUUGAGGAGUUGGUGAAAUACCGUCUUCGACUACGAGAAAUGCACAAGAUGGACAUUGACAAAGAGGUAUUCGCUAUGUUGAAGCAGCAGCGCUUCAACGAGAGAUGCGGCGUCACUUUAUUGGGGGAGGCUAUGUGCCACAGAGCCUUUAGGCUUUUGGUUGGCAUUUCUAAAUCUCGAUUGCAACGCUUGCGGAAAGCCAUUUUGGAAGGGGCUGAAUGCUGUCCACACGAUCGCCGCUAUGUCCCCAGGAAGGGAUUGUGGCUGCACAAGAACAAGGCCAGAGCGGCAGUAGCAGAGUUUCUGAUGCAGUGCUACCAUGUUCAGGCUGAACCAAUGCCUGAAGCUGUCAAAGAAUCGGAGAUGAAAGUGGGUCUCAAGCCGGUGAAGCGGAGGGGCAAACGCCCGCGAAGUGCUUUCAAAAAAGAUUCAACAGAACAUGGCUACCCUGACACGGUAAAGUUUCUGCCGCCGGGCACUUUGGGUGAUUACCAUGAGCAAUGCCAGCACGAGAAUCCCAACAUCAAAAUUUCCCGGAAGACCUUUUGUCGUGUAUGGGAAGAGAGUUUCAGAGACAUGUUGGUGAUCCGUGCGAAGACCCAACAUAGUAAGUGCAAUCAAUGCGUGAGAUAUAAGUUGCUGAUAGCCAAGCUCCAUGACAACCCAAUGGCCAAGAAGGAGCAGCUGGAAAGAUUUCGAGUACACCUUGCUCGGCAAUACGAGGACCGCGUUGCCUACUGGAACCUUCGCGGCCUCAGCAGAUUGCGGCAGCUAUCUGAUAGUCGGCAAGUUGUUUGCGUGGCAAUUGACACAGUUGACCACUCCAAGUUCGUGUUGCCGAAAUCUUUGGCAAUGCAGGCGAAAGAUUUCAGUCAAUUCCUGAAGCCUUCUUUGACAGUGACAGCCGCUUUGAUACAUGGGGUGGCUUGCAUCAUCCACAUUGCUGAGCCACACAUUUGCAAAGAUUCUUCCUACACCACGGAGAUUGUAGCCCACACGUGCAAGAUCAUUUCAGAGACUGAGGGGAUCUACAUGCCACAGGUUUGCGUACAUUUUUGUGGAGACAAUUCGUCUCGAGAGCUCAAAAACAAUUCUGUGUGCCGCCUUCUUAGUGGACUUGUUUCCGCUGGCCGAGUGAGGGUGGCCACUCUCCAAACAUUGGAGAGUGGCCACUCUCAUGAGGAUAUCGAUCAGAUGUUCUCAUCCCUUGCAGCUUGGGUAAUGGGCCAGAACGAGUUGCACACCACCAGUGACUUUGACAGUUCAAUUUCUCAGUGGUUGGCACUUCCCACGACCCGGCCAACAGAGCCAAGAAAGCUGGUGAACCGCAUCCACCAGGUGCGAGACUGGAAGAACCAUUUGAAUCUUCUGCAGAGAGACAACCAGCUGACUGGAAUAGGUGGGCCAGGGGCUCCCCAUCUCUUUGAGUUCAGUCGCAUGCAUGAUGGAGGACAGGGGUGGUUUACAAGCAUAUGA